AUGCCCCGACAUAGCACCUCGAGGGGAUUCUGGGUGCCAGACAUGACACAGCUCACAGGCAUGUCGCCGUCCGCCGCGCCAGCUGCAAACGGCAAUGGCACCUACGUGCAGCCGCAGCCGCAGCACGACUAUGAGCACAGCGUCGAUCUCAAUGAGAUCACCCGUCGCCAGCUCAAUGAGGACAUCGGCGCCUAUCGGUACGACCUGGACUACUCUACGGGACAACUCCAGGCGCCCGACCUCACGGCGCAGGAGUCUCGCACGUUCCAGCUGCGCAUCCUGGACCUGGGCCACCAGAUCCGCCACUGCCAGCAUCGCAUCGAGCUCAUCGAUGCGCAGACGCGCCAGCCAGCUUCGUCCGGCGCCAAUGGUCGCCCCAUGUUCUACUACGACGGCGCCCCCAAGCGUCGCUCGACGGGCACUGGCACCCCCGGCCCGGCGCCGGCCAAGCGGCCCCGCCUUUCCAACUUCAAGACCGACGAUGCGGAGGGCGACACCAUCGAGGUCGACACCCAGGACGGAUCGUCUGUGCAGCGCCUGGGCUUCUGGAUGUGCCAUCUCUGCACCGCGUCCAAGUAUCUGUCCGCGGGGCCGAACCGCGUGCCUAGUGCCCCGUGCAAGUGGCCUCUCAAGGACGUGAGCAAGAUGCUCAACCAUUUCCUCGACAUGCACACGGAGCAUGACCCCGAGGAGCGAUGCAUCGAGCUUGGCAACGCCCUGUCGGCAAAUCGUGGCCCCUUUGAGUACUGGCUUACCAGGACCAAGGCGCAGAAUCUCAGAGAGGGCGAUUUCAUGGGCGAAUGCAUCCAGACUCUGCAGAGCGGUGCUGUCCCGGAGACGCUGAAGAAGCUGAAUCGGGCGGCGGCGGCGUUCCCCAAUACAGCCUCGGGGGUCAGGAGGAACGACAUCGUGGUCGCAGACUAG